AUGAGUGUACCUGAGUAUCAACCCAAGUUUCCCUAUCCUGCUAUGGUGAAAAAGGAUCAACAAGAUGAGCAGUUUAAGAAAUUCCUUGAGAUGUUCAAAACAUUACACAUAAAUGUCCAAUUUAUCAAGGCCCUUGCCCAAAUGGCUCACUAUGCCAAGUAUCCCAAGGAGUUGUUGACCAAGAAGAUGAAGUUAGAGGAGAUGGACACUGUUACUUUGAGUAAGGAAUGCUUUGCCAUCAUCUCCAACACAAUCCGCAAGAAGGAAAAAGAUCUGGGAGAUUUCACCAUCCCGUGCACCAUUGGGAGAAUGAUAGAUGAGAAAGCACUUGCUGAUCUUGGGGAAAGCAUUAACUUAAUGUCCUACAAGAAUUUUCAAAAGUUGGGGCUCGGUGAGCUCAAACCGACGAAGAUGACAUUACAACUUGCCAAUCGAUCUGUUCACCACCCUAUGUGCAUCAUUGUAGACAUUUUAGUCAAAGUGGAUCGAUUCAUCUCCCUUGUGGAUUUCAUCAUUCUAGAUUUAGAGGACAAGGUUGAAGUCCCUCUAAUCCUUGGUUGA